CUGUCAACUGAGUUUGCUUAGCCAAUCAAAAUCAAUUAAACACGUAAGCCAUAAAAUCAUCUAAAACUCUGGAGUUUUCUGUCAUUGGCAUCUAUCUCUUUGUUCGUUCACAAAGAAUUCUUGAGUAGCCCCCAUGGCGUACGUCGAGCGAGGUGAAGUGAAAUCUAAGCGAUCAAUUUGGCGUUUGAGGACAGUCAUAGAUUUCUUUUGGGCCAUUGUCAAUUUCAUAGGUGUAUUUUUUGCAACUAUGUUUUCGAUGGAAAAGUCAGAUGCUUACAGAAAGGGCUCUGGUGCUAGCAAGAAAUGGGAUGGUGGCGGCCCAGGAGGUCCUGGAAGUGGUCCAUACGGUGGUGGUCCACGUGGACCUCCCCGAGGACUAGAUAAUGUGCGAGGGAUGGAUAAUAUCAGAGGAAAUGACCAUAGUUCCCUACCCGCUUGUGGCUCCUGCUGCGGCUAAAUGUUAGGCGAUAUUUGUUUUGCAUCUGCCACUUCGGCACUACGUUUGAAAUAUGUAAUGAAUUGAAAUUUUAGGUGCAUAUGUUAAUAGAAGUUUUAAGAGAUAAGUGGAACUCUUUGUUGGGAAAUGUAAGGUGAAUUGAAGUUAAGGAAUAUGUAAUUUCAAUUGCUGUUUUCACCUUUCAGAUUAAUAAUAGAAGUGAACUUUGAUAGUAUAAA